UGUGACCUGAAUUUAUGACCAAUUUAUGAACAAAGACAGAAACCAAAACUUUGGAACUCCACAAUGUUGAGAAAAUCCCUAAUAUCUUCAAGCUUCCGAGUAACUUACUUUUGUCACUGUGUGCACACCAGAUGCCAUUUGGAUACUGUGAGAUGUAUUAGAGGCUUUGAUUGUCACUAGUUUGCAUAGUGCGAGAUCUAACGGCACAUAAAAAACGGUGGCACAGGCGUGCCAGCAUGGCUGGCCACUGCAUCGGGGCACAGGGGACGGCCGUGCCUCCAUGCCACGCCUUUUUCGUUCUUCUCUGACCGUAACGGGCGCGGUGGGCAUUCCCACGAAUGGGCCACGCUGUGUCCUGUGAAGGCACGGAUAAGUAUUCCGGCCACAGCGUCAUUCUAGAAACACUGGAGCCUUUCAUUAUUCGUCUGAGCUCACUGCGACAGGCUGGAUCUCCAAGCUGUGCCUGCUCAAGGGCAUUUUUCACCCCAAUUUCUCAGUUUCCCUGAGAACGCCCCACCAAGUUCAAAGUGUCCACACAGUCUGAGACAAAAGAUGAACAUUCAUUCCUCUCAGGAUGCCGUGGCUGUCCUGUGCAUAACAUGUGCAAGAACUUACAUUCUGAGCAUCUGUGAACUUGAAAUAUCAAGCUACACAGCAGAUAUGUUUAUUUAGUGUUUUAUUUAUCUUAGUGCUGAUAAAAGAACAGACCAGGAUGUCAGAGUCAUUAUGUGUGACUCAAACGGCAAACUUCUUCAAAGCUGCUGUCCUUAGCAACUAAAAAAAAAAAAAAAAAAAAAAAAACACUUUGUGGGCUAUAACUGCUUGACUGCUUUUCUUGUCCCUCCAUCUUAUUUUUCACAUUCUGUGUGUCACGUCCUUUAGGAGGAGUGUUUACAGGAUGUUAUCUGUCUCAGUGCCUGCCCCUUAUCCCUCGGAGUGGGUUCUCCGGAAUGCUCAGAGGGGAUGGAGGAGCUCCAAGGGGGAGUGCCACGGGAACAAGUCUAUAUAUACAUCCCGACCCUGGGUGAUUGCUGCUCAAAGGCACAGCUGGUCUCUGGUUAGAAACAGGAUUGCACCCCUCUGUUGAACUAGAGUAUAUCAGACUUUCUGUCCUGGUUCACUUGGUGAACUGGGACUUUGAGUAAGUGCAGACAGCCUACACCCUAGAAGUACCAGGCCUGUGUUACAAAUUAAUAUCAUUCAGAUUGCUCCUGUGGUCCAAAUCAAAGAUGGCUAAUCAACUACAGAGACUUGUAUCUGAAAAUAAGAGUGUGGUGGAAUCUGUGAUGGAUGUAUUUGAGCAAGGUGCAGAGGUUGUGGCCAGCAUCGCUGGGGACCUUUUCCCUGUUUUUUCCAUUGCAGCACCCAUCGUGAGGCUGGCCCUGGGCAAUGUGGAGAGCAAGGAGGCAACGUUCAUGAAGGAGCAGUUUCAGAAGGUACGAGACCGCCUGGAGGUUGUUUCUGAGGAAGUCCAGCGCAUCAACCAGGAAAUUACGAAGAGUGUAAAUGAUGCCAGGUACUUCUCGGUGGAGGAGAAUCUAACUAAUCAGUUCCGCAAAUACAUGGACAUCCUCAACGCCAAACCAAAGUUCAGAGAAGUCAAGAAGAAGCUCUUCUUGGAACACUUUGCCAAGACUGGAGGUGACAAGAACUUGCACACCCUGUACAAUGCUGUGACAGGAGACAACUUCUCUGGGGAGUCAGUACUGGAGAUCACUCUGAACUAUGAAAAGAAGAGCCGUCGACCUAUGGAGGACUUCUGUGCACGGCUGAAAAAACUCUUCUGUGUGGGUCUCAUUGCUCUAAUGGGAUACACAGCCCUGAAAGAAGGUGGUGAUGAAGAUGAGCUGCUUCAGGAGUGGGGGGAGAAGAUGAAGGCUGUCCAGUGGAAGAUGAAUGCCGUCAUUGAAGACUGUAUCAACAGCUUCCCCGAGCAGGCCAAAAUAGAUGCAUACUGGGUGGUGAAGGACCAGGGGGAAAAGACCAAACAACAGCUAGCAGAUGCUAUACUGGAGACCCUAAAGAAGAAGUAUGAUUGGGUGCUGUGGUCUGUCAGAGUGUUCAGCUCCCCCGCUGGCUUGUUCAGAAGCAGAGGAGAAUUCCAGUGCUCUACAGGAAAGAGCCGUUUCCAGGUGGAAGGAUCAGAUGAGAAACUGAACGUGAUGGUGUCUUACAGCGCCUCCCCUGAACCUCUAGACAAAGCCCGGAUCCAACAGCUGAUCCAGGGGAUGAAGAAGCUCACCGUGGUGACCGUGGCAGAGAUGCUGUUUGACCAAAUGCCUGUUUGUGUCGUCCAUACAGUCAAGGCCUCGAAAGAUCUGGCUUACUCCUGGAGCUUCUCGGAUGAACUGCAUUACUGGGACAUCCACAAGAAUUUCUAUGUGUGUGUUCAUUCAGCCUGAGGCUAGGUCUCAGGAGAAGAACACUGACUGGUAGAUUUAACAUGGAAUGUAAUAGUUUGUGUACUGUUUGUGAAAAGAGAUGUAAUUACGUAUUUUACAAUAUUUAUAAAAAACUAGACAAUUCCUGCAGAAAUUGUGAAGUGUGGUUGCCGCCAAUGCAAAGUCGACUUUCUGCUGAACAGAGUGAACAGUGAUAGGUAGUUGCUAUGAUGUUUGAGGCAGUUGCUAGGGUGUUGCUAGGUGGUUCUAUGGAGUUCUAGGUGGUUUCAUAGAAUUCUAGGCGGUUGCUAGGGUGGUGCUAGGUGGUUGCUAUGGAGUUUCAGGUGGUUGCCAUGGAGCUCCAGGUGGUUUGCUAGGGCAUUGCUAGGUGGUUGCUAGGGUAUUCUAAGUGGUUGCUAGGAUGUUGCUAGGUGGUUGCUAUGGAGUUCUAGGCGGUUGCUAUGGUGUUGCUAGGCAGUUUUUAUGGUGUUCCGGGUGGUUGCUAGGGUGUUGCUAGGUGGUUGCUAUGGAGUUAUAGCCGGUUGCUAGGUGUUGCUAGGCAUUUGUUAUGGAGUUAUAGGCGGUUGCUAGGGUGUUGCUUGGGUAUUCUAGAUGGUUGCUAGGAUGUUGCUAGGUGGUUGCUAUGGAGUUAUAGGCGGUUGCUAGGGUGUUGCUAGGCAGUUGUUAUGGUGUUCCAGGUGUUUGCUAGGGUGUUGCUAGGUGGAUGCUAUGGAGUUCUAGGUGGUUACUAUGGUGUUGCUAGGUGGUUGCUAUGGAGUUAUAGCCGGUUGCUAGGGUGUUGCUAGGCAUUUGCUAUGGUGUUCCAGGUGGUUGCUAGUGUGUUGUUAGGUGGUUGCUAUGGAGUUCUAUACGGUUGCUAGGGUGUUCUAGGUGGUUGCUAGGGGGUUGCUAUGGAGUUCUAGGCGGUUGCUAGGUCUUUACUGAGUCCAAUGUGGCGACCAGUUGCUCUCUAUGACAAACGGUUCAAAAGUUAUGAAAUAUCAAACAUCGGCCAAUCAGGAAGGGGGGCGAGGCUGAUCUACACCAAUGGACAAAGGACUCUCUACCAUGUCCAAUGAGGCAUUGCACAAUUUGUGGGCAAUUUUCCCCAUAGAGAUGAAUGGCAGAAUGUUCAAACCUAGAGAGAGACCAGAGUACUGCUGCUAGAAGACAGGGCAUUGUGACAUCACAAGGGUGAGAAGACAGAGCAUUGUGACAUCACAAGGCUGAACAUUCUGCCAUUCAUUCCCUAUGGGGAAAAAUUGCCCACAAAGUAAUAGCACACCAUUCCCGAUUAAGCCGCUUGAUUUGACAUAUUGCACGUAUAUGUGGUGCGAAAACUCUGGGAGGAGUAGCGGUCCAAAAAAUGGGUGGAAAGAAUAAUAAUAAUAAAAAAAAUAAUAUGUGCAAUAAUAAUAGUGUGCUUGCCUAAGGCAACCACACUAAUAAUAUAUUUAACAAUACAAUCCAUACACUACUACAGAAGAUAUAGAACUUAUUGGAAGAUAGAUUUUUCUCCCACUGAUAGCAAUUGGUUGCUCAUUCUUGUGAGAUACAUCAUUUGGAGAAACUAAUUCAGGUAAGCCAGUGAACCAUGGCAAAAUUUAGCCUACUAUACACCUGCUGGGACAAAUCUAAUUAUGUUCACCUGUGCAAUUCUGGCCAUAAUUAGCUAAUGUAAUAACCAAGGCUUAUGCUUUCACACUGGGGUUUAGCUUGUACUUCUGUGACAAGUAACUCACUCUGUCUGUCUGUCAACCCAAUGAAGCUUUUUAUAUUUGAAUGUAGUCUCUGAAUUUGGCAAGAGGGAAUAUCCACUUUACUUAAAAAGCAGAUGCAUAUCCACUCCAAUAAAAUGACUUUUAUUGUUCAAUGUAAUCAUACUUAUAUUUUAAAUUCUAGCUGUUGUUUCAAAAAGGUUAUUGUCAAAACUCAAAUUGUGACUUUUUACUGAGCUUACUUCAAGUCACAAUGGCAACUACAUAUUGUAACUAAUUUUUUCUUUGUUUCUGGUUCAUCAUUUCCACUGGGAAAAAGUAAUUUUGUCCAUUUCCUCAAAGCUAGUCCUGGACCUAUUCCAUGGAAUUUCAUUGAAACAACCCCCACAAAUGCAGAGCAGAUCCACGAAGAACAAGUGUGGGCAUGUUCAGACAAGUACAGCACAGUGGUGGCUGAGAUACUGGUUUGCUUGUAAAUGUUUUUCACAGAUCCACAGUCCUACAGCUGAGACACAAAAUCACUGCCCACUUGCAUAUACUAGUGUCCAAUGGGACAUUUUCAGGCAGAAUUUUCAUUGAUUGGCCUUGCAUUACAGUUUUAUUUGCCCCGGUGAGAAGAUUUAUAAACGACAGUAAUUCCACAUCCGGUUUAUAUGUGUUUGUCAGUGCAUUUUAUAAUUGUAGCUUUACACAUUUUGAUGCACAGUACAAUGUCCUGAAGUGCCUGAUCUAAACUCUGGUGCAAGUUUACAUGUUGGCUGUACAUGUUAUAGCUGAUAGCGUCAAUGUUGUAUCCUGUAUAAAAAGAACAUACUUGAAAAGUUCUUUGCUUUACUCCCCUGUAUGAUUUACUUGAUUAUUAAUCUAUUUCACAUUUAUAAUGUUAAAAAGGACUAUUUGCUUUUAUUUUGUUGGUAAGAUUUCCUUUUAUGCUGUAACUCUAAAACAGCUGAAAUUUGAUUACUUUCUUUUGUCACAUUAUGUCAAAACUCAUAUCACAUUCUGUAAGACAUAUUGCCUCUAAACUGCUGUGCAUUUGUUCUCUUACUAAUAGGACAGUUUCAAUAAAUUAAUUCUAAAUUGGG